AUGGUGCCUUCCAUACCAGGGGCCGAAGCAGGUUUCUGCUUUGAAACGGUGGCGACAGAUGGGAAAACUGUGGUUGUGGUCAAUGUUUGUGGUCACUCUUCUGUCGGGAUGGCUUUGGCAAAGAACAUGGAUGCGGUCACUGAGAGCUAUCUAGAUGAGCAUGGCGUGGACAAUCUUAUUGUGCCAAUAUCUGUGGGAUCUCCAGUAAAGUGUAAGGAUAAAAAAUAUGCUUACGUUGUAGAUGUAGUCGUUCAUCCUUUUUUGACACGUCGUUGUGUGAAGAGUCACCACCUUUUUGAACACUUUAUAACUAGACUCACCAAUCUUGCGAUUGAAUGGAUUCUUCAAGAGUGUGGCAUGCGACUUAAUGUACGUGGUUGUAGAUUAAUCCCUGAUAAAGCGUAUGUUGAAAGUGGUAAAGAGGCUAUGCAUCAAAUGCUUUCAGAGCUUGCGAAAACAUUUGAAAAGGAAACAAAAUGCGAAUCCGUCAGCACCGAGGCGAACGAAACGGCUUCGUUGCCUGAGAAGCUAAAACUAAACGCCUCCCUGAAGGAAACCGAGACGAAACGUUCACCACUCAUAUCAGAAAUGCCCGUUAGCAGCGGAAUUCGAAAAGGGUUUCUUAACGAGGCCAGAUUAUACGGUGAGGGAGGAAGUAAAGAGUGCAAUCAACCGCCACCAGAUCCGCUACUUCACUUCCCUGAAGGUCUUCGGAAGAAGUGUCAGGUGAUCGAUACACGCCAACUUGUGAGUACAACUACACAAGCACCUGAGACAACGAGUAUGGUCUCGAAAAACGAAGGAUUCAAAGCGCCACAUCCAAGUCCGUCAAAGGAACCAGUACAGCAGUGGUCCGUAGAGUCUGUGCGUUGCGGUGAGACGGAGAUUGUGGUGCGCUUGAAGCCUCCGCUUGGCGUGAAGUCGAUGAAAGAUGUGGAUCUAACAGCGUCUCCAGACUCUAUAGAGGUGGGCGAAACAGAUGUGAAACUACCAAGAACUAUAUCUGUGGAUGACGUGUCGGCGAAGUUUUUGAAAUCAUCGAUGACGAUGAUUGUGACUUGCCCACUAGCGUAA